AUGAAGCUCACCACCACCCUUGUUGCAAGUGUCAUGGCCCUCGCUGCCUCUGUGCAUGCUAGGGAUUGCACUGCCGGCUUGAAGUACUGCGGCAAAGUGCUGAUUGGUCUUGAUGACAAGUACCUUCCUAUGUUGCAAGAGCUGAACCGGCAAAGGGGCGUCAAUCCCAACGAGGGUAGGUGGAAGUACGAGUGCCUGCCUGGUGGUGAAGUUAAGAUUGAUAAGUUUUGCGAAAUCAAAUGCACGGACAUGGGAUAUGGGCAUAACGAUAUUUGCAACUGA